UGAGUUCCCCCAUUCAGUUGUGAUCGGUGCGAGAUGGCGAGCGGUACCCCAGAAAUCCAAUACUACGAGCACGAGCUCAACAUCCGUCGGGUAAUCGAGCAGUCUGACCUGCAGCAUCUGGACGAGGCCCUCAACAUUUGCGAUCUGUCCAGUGUGGAGCGGAAACUUUGUCUUUGGCAGAAACUUCUUCCCAGGAUUAAGCCCUACUACGCCGUCAAGUGCAAUGAUGAUCCUAUGGUGGUCAAACUGCUGGUUGAGCUGGGAGCCGGAUUCGACUGUGCCUCUAAGAAUGAACUCAAACUGGUCCUGGGCUUCGAUGUCGCACCAGAACGUAUCAUCUUUGCCAAUCCCUGUCGUCCUGUUAGUCAUCUGGAGUACGCUAAGGAAAACCAUGUGGCUAAUGGCACCGUGGACAAUGAGUUUGAGGUCUACAAACUGCACGCGCACUAUCCCAACUCAAACCUGAUCGUGAGAUUCAAGAGCGAGGCCAAGGAGGCUCAAUGUCCACUGGGCGAUAAAUUUGGCUGCGAUGCAGAUGUGGAUGCUGCAGCCUUAAUCCUGCUGGCUAAGUCCUUGGAUCUUAAGGUAACCGGCACUAGUUUCCAUGUUGGAUCCGGAUGCAGCGAGCUGGAGGCCUAUGAUCGGGCAAUCAAGAAGGCCAAAAACCUUUUCAAGUUCGGCUCUCUGCUGGGCUAUGACAUGGAUUUUUUGGACAUUGGUGGAGGCUUUCCAGGCAGCGAUGAUGAAAAGUUUGAGAAGAUAGCCGAGAGUGUUAACACCUCUGUGAAGCGACAUUUUCCCGAUGAAAGUGUCCAAAUAAUUGCCGAACCAGGACGCUUCUUUGUGGCCGCUGCUUACACAUUGGUCUGCAAGAUCCAUGCUAAGAGGGAGAUUCGUAACGAUGCAGGAAAGCUGGACACCGUGAUGUACUUCCUAAAUGAUGGCGUCUAUGGAUCCUUCAACUGCAUUCUCUACGACCAUCAAGUGGUGACCGCUGAGCACUAUCUGGACGAAGCCGAUGCGUUGCCCCAGUUGAAGUCUCUGAUUUGGGGACCUAGUUGUGAUGGCUUUGAUAAGAUAUCGGAGAAUCUAUUCUUGCCCAACUUGAACCGUGGUGAUCUUUUGGGAUUCCGCAACAUGGGAGCCUACACAAUGCCCAUAGCCAGUCCAUUCAAUGGAUUUGAUGUACCCAAGACCGUGUACUAUCGAGCAAUAUGACUAAACCAUUUCACAGAAAUAAUUAAAUCAAAAUUCGAUGGCUUUUUUAACCAUCUAUUUUUGAA